AUGGCCUGCAACGAAUCAAACACACAGUUCUGUACGGAUACCACCACCACCACCACCAUCCACACCACACCACCAAGCACCAUCAUUCCACGGCCCUCCGCCCCGGCACUCGCUCGGACUCCCGCGCCAUCACGGAGACCCUCACCCGCCCAGCAUCCCAGACUUCCAUCCAAGACAUCAACCGCCUCUGGCAUUCCACUCCGUCUGAUGGGAAUCUCUUUCCCCUUUCCCUUGCGACAAAAUAUCGCCUUGCUUUGGGCUGGGGCUGGGGCUGUGGCUCCGGCUCUGGCUCUGGCUCUGGCUCUGGCUCUAGCUCUCGCCAUCCGCAUGCCAUACACGUAG